CUUCACUUCUCUUCUACUCCUCCCUCCGCCGCCAGACACCCAACCCGCGCUCUCUCCCACUUCACCGACACACACAAACCGCAGCCAUGGUAGGUUUCGCCCGACUCGCGUGCCAAUUGGCGUGGCGGGAAUGAAUGCAUUUGCUCACAGAGGACCGCAGGCUGAGUCAACGAUUAUCUCCAAUACCGCCAACCUCGAGAAGUACCUCCGGCUCCCGCAGAAGGGCAAGGUCAUCGCCGAGUACGUCUGGAUUGACGGCUCCAACGGCGUGCGCUCCAAGUGCAAGACCCUUUUCAAGAAGGUCGAGAAGGUCGAGGACCUCCCAGAAUGGAACUUCGACGGCUCCUCCACCGGCCAGGCGCCCGGCGACAACUCCGAUGUCUACCUCCGCCCCGUCGCCUUCUACCCCGAUCCCUUCCGCCUAGGUGACAACAUCCUCGUCAUGUGCGAGACGUACGGCCCCGACGGCAAGCCCAACAAGUACAACUACCGCCAUGAUGCCGCCAUCGUGAUGGAGGAGCACAAGCAGCACGAGUUCUGGUUCGGUCUGGAGCAGGAGUACACCCUUCUCGACUUCCAGGGCUGGCCGUAUGGCUGGCCCAAGAACGGCUUCCCUGCUCCCCAGGGCCCCUACUACUGCGGUGUCGGCACCGGCAAGGUUUUCUGCCGCGAUAUUGUCGAGGCUCACUACAAGGCCUGCCUGUACGCCGGCAUCAACAUCUCUGGUACCAACGCCGAGGUCAUGCCUGCUCAGUGGGAGUACCAGGUCGGGCCGUGCCAAGGCAUUGCCAUGGGCGACGAGCUGUGGAUGUCCCGAUUCCUGCUCCACCGUGUGGCGGAAGAGUUCGGCGCCAAGGUCACCUUCGCCCCCAAGCCCAUCCCCGGCGACUGGAACGGUGCCGGCCUGCACACCAACGUCUCCACCAAGGAGAUGCGCGAGGACGGCGGCAUGAAGCACAUCGAGGCUGCCAUGGAGAAGCUCUCCAAGCGCCAGAAGGAGCACAUGGCCGUCUACGGCGAGGACAACCAGCUCCGUAUGACCGGCGCGCACGAGACGUCGUCGUUCGACAAGUUCACCUGGGGCGUUGCCAACCGUGGCUCGUCCGUCCGCAUCCCGCGCGACGUUGCCGCCAAGGGCAAGGGCUACUUCGAGGACCGCCGCCCCGCUUCCAACGGCGACCCAUACCAGAUCACCGGCAUCGUCGUCGAGACUCUGUACGGCAAGGUCAAGGGUGCCGACAUUGCCGAGUUCGCCAAGGGCGCUCCCGGCGAGGACCUCGAGAUGAUUGUCCCCGUUGCGAAACCCUAGAUUCCGUCUCCCCACAUACCCCUUCCUUGAUCCCUCUUAGACCACGAUAUCAUGUCCCCAUUGCCUUGCAGGAUAGAUUUGGAUUCUUCCUCGCGCCAAACCGACACACGAUAAACCAACACCCCCAAAACAUUUGUAUUCCCACACCAUACCAUACCAUACCCACUGCGUUUGUUCAAGAGCAAGACGACAGGGAGUCUUGACAACGGCAUGAUGCUAUGUAAUCUUAGGAAUGAAAGAUGAAUUUAAAA